AUAGAAGAAAACAAUAUCAAUGGAAUGCACAUGAUAUUCUGGAUCAGAACGGCUAACAAUUCAAGUCAUAGCAUUUCAGUCAUUUCUGCAAACAGAAACCACCAUUAUUAGAUGUUUUCGUGUAAUUUAAAGGGGUUGUCUGCAAGUUCGACACAGUAACUGCGAUCCUUCGCCAUCACCAGAAAGCUCAUGAAGGACUGUGUUGGCAAUGCCAGAAAGACGGCUAAACAUUCCGAGCUGAAUCCAGCCUAAAAUACAAGAACAACACCAUAAGUCACUUAUACAUCCAAUCGGUGACUUAGGCGGGACACCACUGCAACCAAUGUUUUGGUACGUCUCGGAAGCAGUGGCCAGAGUGUUCACAGAAAAACUUCACAGGAGGACUACUAAGAGAACAAAGUAGGCAGCCUUUACCUUCUGACUUGAAGAAAGCAUUACAAGCUGUGGAUAAGAAUUGAAGCCUUAAUAAUAAUAAUAAUAAUCUACAUUCAGAAAGGACUGAAACAGAAACAUAAAAAAUGGGCAAUACAAGCAGCUCCACAGUGGACGACCUGCAGGCAGUGGAAAUCCACCACUGGUACAAGAAGUUUAUGACGGAAUGUCCAUCAGGGCAGCUAACUCUACACGAAUUCAAGCAGUUCUUUGGUUUGCGAGGACUAAGUGGAGAAGCCAACAGCUACAUAGAACAAAUGUUUCGUACAUUUGAUAUGAAUAAGGAUGGAUAUAUUGAUUUCAUGGAGUAUGUGGCUGCUCUCAGCCUUGUUCUGCGAGGAAAGAUUGAACAGAAGCUACGUUGGUAUUUCAAACUGUAUGAUGUGGAUGGAAAUGGCUGUAUUGACCGUCAUGAACUGCUUAAUAUAAUUAAGGCAGUGCGAGCGAUUAAUGGUUGCGACCAUGACACCACACCUGAAGAGUUUACCAACCGAGUUUUUGACAAGAUUGAUGUUAAUGGAGAUGGGGAGCUGUCUCUGGAAGAAUUUGUGGAGGGUGCUCGUAAAGAUGAGGAAUUUAUGGACGUGAUGAUGAAAAGUCUGGAUCUGACCCAUAUAAUGACCAUGAUAAACAAUCGAAGGCACAGUGUGUGACAUGGAGGUGCCAGGAAUAAUCUUAUAAUCGAGAGAUAGUACAGGGUACAAUGGGAAGAUGGGUCUCACUGGGCAGAUGAAGUUAUUGAAGAUUCUUCAAAGAUCAAGCUUAUAUUAUGGAUUCGAUUGCAAACUAAGCAUGGAGAACACAACAAAUAACAUAGAGUUCUGUAAAACAGUGAUAUAUUUCCUUGUAUGCCAUGUCUUUGUUCUUCCCGUCUAUCUCAGAUUCUGGCCUUUGGCACACAACCUGAUGCCAUGUCCCGGUCAAUAAGGCAUAACACAUUUAUAUGUGUAGCUAUGGAAUAACCUACAUCAUUGAAUUAGCUCACAGCUUCUGCAUGGCAGCCAAAAAUAACUAAGAUGUAUCUAUUUUUUUUCUAUAGAUACCUCUUCAUUCCUUUUUUAUCAAUAGAGAUCUGGCAUUUUAAAACAAAAACAAGAUCUCUAAGCAUAUAAUACUGUAUGUAUAGACUGGGUACUGUGGGCACCUUUGUGUUUUAUGCAGCAGUAAGAUAACAGGUACAUUUCCUUUAAAGGAACAUGCUAGGAUAAACUAAAACACAUGGUGACAUGGUGAAUUAUAUUAGAGAAUAAUAUUUUGCAUGACAGAAAAGAAGACCAGCAGCAUAUUGGACAACAGUCUUUGUGACAACGUUUAAUGAUUUAGUUUAUAGGAGCAUUUACUAUACAGUACAGUUUAAAUACUAACAUAUAUGAGAUGAAGCGAAUCAUUAACUAUCCUCUAUAUGUACAUACACAUAAGUCAUGUACAUAUGUACUGUGUAGAGACUGCAAUGAGGGGCAAGAAUAAGUACGGUAUGUGAUCGAUAUUACCAUACAGCGCUCUAUAUGGAGUGUUCUGUAUUUUUGCUAUUUGCAUGUUGGUGCCUUUGUAAGCUGUAAAUAAAAUGCUGCUUUCUAUGAAUAAA